AUGCAGCUGGGCGACAGGCGCAGCAGCCGUGGGGGACGGGUCGGGACGCAUGGGCGCGCAGGACCAGCGCCAGGGGCCCCCGCCCCGCCGUGCCUGCCCCUUUGCCGGGGCGCCUCGCUCACCGGGCUGCCCCUCUGCCCUCCCUGCCUCCCGGCCCCGCUGCAGCCCGCAGAGUCGCCACUGCUUUCAGUGAUGUCCCACCUGCUUGCGUUCCUGGAGCGCUACUCCCAGGUGCAGCAGCUGGAGGAGAAGGCGGGCGAGUAUCGCUCCCGCCUGCGCAGGGAGGAGAGCCGGCGCCGCAAGCAGCUGCGCGGGCUGAAGAAGGCCUUCAGGCAGCGGGUGAGGGACAAGCUCGGCGUGAUCCAGAGCCUGGAGGGCAUCAUCUCCGAGCAGCAGGGCCUCCUGGACAGGAUCCGCGAAGGGGCGAAGCUGCCCUCCCCCUGCCUGCUGCACCCGGGGGCCACGGCGGGCGUGCACCAGCUGGUGGAGUCCCUCAGCGCCCUGCAGGGCGAGCGGAGUCGGCUGGCCGAGGAGGUGACCGGCCUGCGGCAGCGGGCGGAAGAGCAGGAGCGUGAGGCGCAGCGGCUGGCCAGGGGCUUCCACCAUCAGAUCCAAGCUCUGACGCAGCAGAUCCGAGAGCGCGAGGAGGAGCUGGCGCGGCUUCGCAUCGGGACGGGAGUGACGGACUCCGAGAAGCGGAUCCACAUCCUGACCGCGGAGAACGAGGCGCUGAAGCAGAGCCUGAGGAUGGCCCAGGGCCUCCUGCAGCAGCUGGCCGCGGCGUCCGCUCCGCCCCCAGCCCCGCUGGCCCAGGAGAACGAGGCGCUCCGUGCGCAGGUGCAGCGGCUGGAGGGGCGCCUGCGGCAGGAGGUGGAUGAGCUGAGGGGCCUGGAGGCGCAGGCGGAGCGGCUGCAGGGGCGCAAGGAGGAGGCGGCCGGCCAGCUGGCCGAGCGGCUGCGGGGGCUCCAGCGCUCCCUGGACACCCAGGAGAGCCAGCCCCCCAGAGUGCAGUACAUCGCCAGGACGGUGGAGGUGGACUCCGCGCACACCCUGCAAGCCCUGGCGGCUGUGGAGGAGCGGAACCGGGUCCUCGCGGAGCAGCUCUCCCGCCAGGCCGAGCGCUGCCGGCAGCUGACCGAGCAGCUGCGCAGCUCCGAAGAGGUGGCCGCUGGCCUGCGGCACAAGAUUUCCGCCUACGAGGCCGAGAUCGCGGGGCUGCGGCAGGAGCUGCUGGCCGAGAUCAGCCAGCUGGAGGCCCGGAAGGAGGAGGCCAUCCGGGAGGCGGCCCAGUGCUCCCAGCAGCACCUCCAGCACCUGCGGGAGCAGCUGGCCGGUGUGCAGCAGCGCCUGGGUGCCGUGCAGCCUCUCCUCCGGGGCGUGAGGUCCGACUACGCCAGCCUGCACAGGGAGGUGCGCAGCUUCGCCGACUGCUGCAACGCGGCGCUCGGGGAGGCCAGGAGGCAGAUGUGCUCGGCCCUCGGCGAGGUGUCCCAGGCCAACCAGUCCUUGCGGGAGCGCUGCCAGCGGGAGGCGCAGCUUCGCAAGAAAUACCAGGACCAGCUGCUGGAGCUGAAAGGGAACAUCCGGGUCCUGUGCCGCCUGAAGCCCCUGACCCAGGAGGACCAGCAGGAGGGGGCCGGCGCGGCGGUGGAGGCCGGCCCCGCGGAUGACGGCUGCGUGAGGGCCUGCUACAAGGGCAAGGAGCGCACCUUCCGGCUGGACAAGGUCUUCCUGCCGCAGGCCACCCAGGAGGAGGUCUUCCGGGAGCUCGAGCCGCUGGUUGCGUCCUGCCUGCAGGGCUGCAGCGCCUGCGUCUUCGCCUACGGGCAGACCGGCUCCGGCAAGACCCACACCAUGGAGGGUGUCCCGGGUGACCCGGGGAUAAACCAGCGUGCCCUGGAGGCCCUCUUCCGGGAGAUGGAGGCCAAGGACGGGGCCUGGACGUUCUCCGUCAGCCUCAGCAUGGUGGAGAUGUACAACGAGGUGCUCAGGGACCUUCUUGCCGUGGAUCCCCAAGAGAAACUGGACGUCAAGCUGAACCCGGACGGGAGUGGCCAGCUGCACGUCCCGGGCCUCACCACCGUGGAGGUGCACAGUCUCCGCGAGAUCCAGAAGAUGCUCUCGGUGGGAAAGCGGAACCGGGCGACCCACUCCACCUGCAUGAAUGAGCGCAGCUCUCGCUCCCACGUCCUGCUCACCGUCACCGUCACCGGGACCGAGCUGGCCAGCGGCACCAAAGUCACAGGAAAGCUCAACCUGGUGGACCUGGCUGGCUCCGAGCGGGUGUGGAAGUCCGGGGCCCAGGGCGAGCGGCUGAAGGAAGCCCAGAGCAUCAACAAGUCCCUGCUGGCCUUGGGCGAGGUCAUCCAGGCGCUGCGGGCCAGGCAGGCCCACGUGCCCUUCCGCAACUCCAAGCUCACCUACCUGCUGCAGGACUCCCUGGGCAGGGGGAGCCGGACCGUCAUGCUCGUGCAGAUUUCCCCGCUGGAGAAGAACAUGGGAGAAUCCAUCUGCUCCCUCAAGUUCGCCCAGCGAGUCUGCAAGGUGGAGCUGGGCCCGGCCGCCCGCCGCGUCGACUCCUCUGCGCAGCACGAGCUCUGA